AUGAACAUCAAGGACAAAGAGAUAUUUGAUCAUGACUCCUCUUUGUUAUAUACGCAGAAGGACAACCUGACUGAAGUCUCUGAGUUUUUCCUCUUAGGAUUUCAAACAAGCCAAGAUAUAAGAAUUUCUCUGUUCUUUUUUCUCCUUGUUGUUUACUGUGGGACAAUAUGUGGUAACCUCCUGAUCAUCACCCUGGUGUCCACCAGCAAGAACCUCCACACCCCAAUGUACUUCUUCAUCUCACAAUUGUCCACGAGUGACAUCUUGUUAUCCACAGAUAUUGUCCCCAACUUGUUCCACAUCCUACUGAAUAAUGGGGAGACCAUGACUUUUAUUGGUUGUAUCACUCAGUUGUAUCUGUUCUGUGCCACUGAGUCAUAUGAAUGUUUUCUCCUCGCUGUGAUGUCUUAUGACAGAUAUGUGGCCAUCUGUAAUCCUCUCCAUUACUCCUCUAUCAUGAUAAGUGGACAUUGUAGGACACUGUCUAUACUAUGUUGGCUUCUUGGAUUUUUCAUUGUUUUGACUUACAUUAUCAAAACAGCAAAGCUAAACUUCUGUGGGCCAAAUAUCAUUGACCAUUUAUUCUGUGACAUUAUUCCUUUAUUAGAACUUUCCUGUUCAGACACCUUUAUUAUUCACUUGGUGCUUUAUAUUAUGGGUGUACUAAUUGUGAUAAUCCCAACCAUCAUCAUUGUCCUGUCUUAUACGUAUAUAGUUUUAGCAAUCCUAAGGAUCUCAUCCAAUACUGGUAGACAGAAAGCCUUCUCCACCUGUAGCUCCCACCUCAUUGUGGUCUCCAUAUUCUUCUGGACUAUGUUCGGUGUUUAUGUUGUCCCAACAAAAGGCCGAACACUGACCAUGAGUAAAAUUAUCUCCCUUCUAUAUACUGUAUUAACUCCUCUGGUCAACCCUAUUAUAUACAGUCUGAGGAAUAAAGACAUUAGUAAAGCCGUACAGAAAUGUCAUAAGCAGGUGAUCUGGUAA